AUGGUAACCAUCUCGCUCGACUUCUCCUCCCUUGUUGCUAUUGUGUCUCUGGCCCUAGUAUCGGGUCUAUACGUCAAAUUAUUUCUUCGAGAUUGGCAAGCAUCCGAAGACGUCGCCACUCGCCUUCUCCUCGCCGCCAAUGCGGCCCAGUUGGCCCCGGGUCUCUUGGAAGCUGAGGGCAACGGCGCGCUGAGGCGGCGCGCUAGUCAUGCUACCAUAGUGUCUGAUAAUCACGUCGCCAGGCGCGGCAGUGUUCCUCUCGCGGGAAGGGCGCAGAGCCGUCAAGGCACUCCCGCCGCUUCAGCAGUAGCCACGCCUCCUCCCCGUUCGUCCACUCCGCCUACUGUAGACGCCUCUCCUACGUCAUCCGCCUCGUCCUCGCGGUCUACCACUCCGCGUCCUGAGACAUGGAUCGAAGAGACGAGCGCUCCUGUGGCUGGCACUGUCGCAGGGCCCGGGCCAUCUUCGAUUUCCCAAAGGAAGCAAGUUGCGCGCGGCAGCGUCGCACCUUCCCUCCCUGCGCCGGCAGCGAGAAGCGUCUCGCGAGGUCUGUCCACAGUCUCGUCGUUGUUGACGACACCUCCUGCAACCCCGGAACCCCCAUCGGUCAGCUCCUCUCCGCUGUCUUCUCUGUCUUCGGCCACGACACACUGCGAAGAUGAACCCAUGGACGAAGACAUUGUGUACGGGCGGAAGACUAAGACGACCCAUGGAGUUGACACUUCGUAUUUCCUAUCUAAGGCAACCGGUCCCUUCAACGGAACCCCGGAUCCCAUCACCUGCCAAAAUCUUCACGUCGGAGACGUUUUUUGCCACACGAUCACCCAGACGGACCCUCCGACGUUUCAGAUUUGGCUGUGGUCCACCCGCGCCGGCGGCAGGCAGUACUGGGCGACCGUUACCCAAGGUCACAAACACCAUGACGGCCGCCGGCUGAUCCUGACCUUCGAAGGGAAAAAGCCCUCGUGGGUCAGGGAGGAGACUUACCGCAGGCACAUGCGUAGGGAGGAGAAGGCAGAGAAGGAGCGGCAGGAGAUGAAGGAGCGGCAGGAGAUGCUGGCACGACAGGAGCGGCGGGCGAGCAUGCAACCCGAGCAGGCGUAG